CGUCCGUCUGUCGUGAGUCUCCUCAUCCUACUACUCCUAGUACUGCUCCACUUUUUUUUUUCAAUACUCAUUCAAACGAUCCGUCUCACAUCUACACACAAUCAUGCCACCAAAAGAAGACUGGGAAAAGUACGAUAAGUCCGUUGACGAAAAGGAAGAAAAGAAGAUUGUUGCUCUUGAUGAGGGAGAUAUCAAACUUUUAAAAACCUAUGGUCAAGGACCGUACGCUAAACAACUAAAAACACUUGAACAAGACAUUAAGGAUGCACAGAAACGUGUCAAUGAGAAGAUUGGUGUAAAGGAAUCUGACACUGGUCUCUCUGCGCCAAACAUGUGGGAUAUUCCUGCUGAUAAACAAAGAAUGCAGGAAGAACAGCCACUUCAGGUUGCCCGAUGCACAAAGAUUAUCGAAGGUGGUGAAAAUGAAGACGCAAAGUAUAUCAUUAAUGUCAAGCAAAUUGCCAAAUUCGUGGUUGAGCUUGUUAGACAUGUAUCACCAACAGAUAUUGAAGAGGGUAUGCGAGUUGGUGUUGAUCGUACAAAGUAUCAGAUCCAGGUCCCACUUCCUCCCAAGAUCGAUCCUUCGGUCACAAUGAUGCAGGUCGAAGAGAAACCAGAUGUGACAUACAGUGAUGUUGGUGGUUGCAAAGAACAGAUCGAGAGAUUACGUGAGGUCGUCGAAUUACCACUGUUGCAGCCCGAGAGAUUUGUCAACCUUGGUAUUGACCCUCCAAAGGGUGUGCUUCUGUAUGGUCCCCCCGGUACCGGAAAAACCCUCUGUGCCCGAGCAGUUGCCAACCGCACAGACGCAACCUUUAUCCGUGUAAUUGGUUCCGAGCUCGUACAAAAGUACGUCGGUGAGGGUGCAAGGAUGAUCCGUGAGUUGUUUGAGAUGGCACGAACAAAGAAGGCCUGUAUCAUCUUCUUUGAUGAGGUCGAUGCCAUCGGUGGUGCACGUUUCGAUGAUGGUGCAGGUGGUGACAAUGAGGUUCAGCGUACCAUGUUGGAGCUGAUCAACCAGCUUGAUGGUUUUGAUCCUCGUGGUAACAUUAAGGUUCUCAUGGCCACUAACCGUCCUGAUACCCUUGAUCCUGCUCUCUUGAGACCUGGUCGUUUGGAUAGACGUGUUGAAUUCGGUCUUCCUGAUCUGGAGGGUCGUGCUCACAUUUUGAAGAUCCACGCAAAGAGUAUGAGUGUUGAACGUGAUAUCAGAUACGAGCUUAUUGCGCGUCUGUGUCCCAAUGCAACAGGUGCAGAAUUAAGAAGUGUUUGUACAGAAGCAGGCAUGUUUGCUAUUCGCGCAAGAAGAAAGGUUGCAAACGAAAAGGACUUUUUGGAAUCUGUCAGCAAGGUUAUCAAGGGAUACCAAAAGUUCUCCAGUACUCCAAAGUAUCUUAUGUGGAACUAGAAAAAAAAGAAGAAAAAAAAAAGAGAAGAAAUGUUUGUGUCUGUUUAUGUGUGUGUCUAUGUGUAUGUGCGUCGAACAUGGAUGUGGAUGUAAUUUUAAUAAACAUGCCAAGAUUCAUCCUGAAUAU